AUGUCGUCGUCGUCAUCUACUUCAUCCGACUCGUCCGACUACCCUCCACGUCUCUAUCCUAAUUAUACACGGGCCUUGUGGGUCAGCAUCGCACUUCAAGCAAUAGGAUCCUGGAGCUGCGUCCUUACGACACGCAAAUGGGAAACUGCGCCUCUCUGGGUGAACCUCAUGUUCUGGCCAGCUUCUAUCUCCACGAUAAUCUUGGGCGCAAUGCACAUGCGUGACUUGAUAUCGGACUGGAGGGAUGCGAUGCGGUGGAUAUUGUUCACGCUUGCUGUGAUCGCAUUCGCGUUGCUCUACCGUCAGGUGGCAUUAUACUAUCUUGGUGAACCGGAGUGA